ACAUGAGCAGUAACAAGUUUUAAUCUGGCCCCUCAGCACUACCAUGGGCUAAUCUGUGGAGGCUUAUUCCAGUGUCAGCCAGGGUGCAGCCACACGGCACUCGGCAGCGACGUGCUCCUCGGCCGCGACACCAGCUCACCUCUCCGUCAGCUGCACCUGGAGCAGCGGGACACGACGCAGAAGGAGUACAUGCUGGGACCCGCGACCCUCGGGACUGACUCUCCUCUGAGGUCUCCUCCCUCACUUGCAGAGGAAGGGCCCAAGGAGGCACGGACAAGGGGUACUGACCCAUCAGCCAGCAACCAGAAAGUGUCCCAGAUAGCUUUACAUCUGUUGGUCUCCAACAGUAAACUGAGAGUGUGAGGAAUAAACCGAUCUCUGGUGAAGAAUUCUGCCCUGCGAGUCUAGAGACCACACACCUGGAGAUCCCUCCAAGGUGCCGGCCACAGUGCACGCAGUCAGCCCGCCCUCCUUGCGGUUCAGCUCUGUUUAUUAACUUAGUUCUAGGUUGGUCCCCUACACGAGACGACAUGAAGGAGUGUGUGCUCCUAGCACUCUUGGCUUUAUGCUCUGCUAAGCCUUUAUCUCGCCCGUCAUACAUGACGCUGAAGAACAUGAUGCUGAAGGACAUGGAAGAUGAAGUGGGUGGCGACCCUGAUGAUGACAACUCUCUUUUUCCAACAAGAGAGCCAAUUAACCCCUUUUUCCCUUUUGAUCUGUUCCCAACAUGUCCAUUUGGAUGCCAGUGCUACUCGAGAGUUGUACACUGUUCCGAUCUAGGUUUGUCCUCCGUUCCAAGCAACAUUCCAUUUGAUACUCAAAUGAUUGACCUUCAAAACAAUAAAAUUAAGGAAAUCAAAGAAAAUGAUUUUAAAGGACUCACUUCACUUUACGCUUUGAUUCUGAACAACAACAAGCUAACAAAGAUUCACCCAAAAGCUUUUCUAACCACAAAGAAGUUGAGAAGGCUCUAUCUGUCGCACAAUCAACUAACUGAAAUACCAUUUAACCUUCCCAAGACACUAGCAGAACUCAGGAUUCAUGAUAACAAAGUUAAAAAAAUACAAAAGGAGACAUUCAAAGGAAUGAAUACUUUACACGUUCUAGAAAUGAGUGCAAACCCUCUCGAUAAUAAUGGGAUUGAACCAGGUGCAUUUGAAGGAGUGACAGUGUUCCAUAUCAGAAUUGCAGAAGCAAAACUGACCUCAAUCCCUAAAGAUCUGCCAUCAACUUUACUGGAGCUUCAUUUAGACUAUAAUAAAAUUUCAACUGUGGAACUCGAGGAUUUUAAACGAUACAAAGACUUGCAAAGGCUGGGCCUAGGAAACAACAGAAUCACAGACAUUGAAAAUGGAAGUCUUGCUAACAUACCACGAGUAAGAGAAAUACACUUGGAAAACAAUAAACUAAAAAAAAUCCCUCCGGGAUUGCAGGAAUUGAAAUACCUCCAGAUAAUCUUCCUCCACUCUAAUUCAAUCACAAAAGUGGGAGUGAAUGACUUCUGCCCAACAGUACCAAAGAUGAAGAAAUCUUUAUACAGUGCGAUAAGUUUAUCCAACAACCCGGUGAGGUACUGGGAAAUGCAGCCUGCGGCUUUCCGUUGUGUUGUGAGCAGAAUGAGUGUUCAGCUCGGGAACUUCAGAAAGUAGUUAUUAGUAUUAUCCAUUUAAUAUAAAAUUUAAAAAAUUGUUACAUUUGGAAUACUUGAACUCUAUUAAAAAUGGUGGUAUUAUGCAAACAAUCAAAAGCUAUUCCUAAACGGUAAGUCUACUGACUUACUUUAUGACAAAAAAUUUCAACACAAUUUUGCAAAACUAUUGCUACAUCAGGAUUAAGAGAAACACGCAUCUACUGCAGUUUCCUUUUGUAUACAAAUGGAUUCUGCGCUCUACUGCAGUUUCCUUUUGUAUACAAAUGGAUUCUGCACAAAUCUUAUGCUUGAACAUUCUUUUCUUAGUAACAAAAAAAACCACAUUCAGUAUUUAACACUUUGUUAUCAAGUGGAUUUUAAAAGAACUGUACUGUAAUUGGAAUGCUUGACUUAGCAAAAUUUGUGUUCUUUCAUUUGCUGUUAGCAAACCAAAAUUGACAAGAAUGGUUACAUGAAGAGCACAUUAUAUUAUUCUUAAUCUUUAAUAACUCGGAUAGUACUGUAAUGUUUCUGUUAAUGUUGAAGUAUGAUUUCAUAUAAUCUUAUUCAAAUCUCAUAUCUUAAACUAUACUAUCCUUAUGUUUAACUCCUGAUAAUAAGGUCUUCCGUGUUUAUUAGCAACUUGACCGAUGCUAUUCAUAGCAUCUGCUUUCAGACUAUAGCAUAUGCCUUUUAAUUUAAUUAUUACCCGAGUAUAAAACCUCUAUAAAAAUACAUAGUGAGUGUUUAUAUAAAAUCUGUAAUUUACAUUCUUUAUUAUCUCAGUUAUUAUAACUUUCAACAGUACAUCAAUUGUUAGGUCAUAGUACAAUGUCACCUCAAAGCUAAGGAGUAUUCUCAAGGUGUCGCUUAUAAGACCUAGGCUGGGAGAGCCAGACUCUGUCCAUUCUACACAAACUGUUUACUCAAAUAUGACAAACUAAACAACUCUGAAAAUAUAGCUGGUAUAACUGAACAGGCAGAGUCCUAAACAAAACACAAAGAAACUAAAGGUCUGUGCAAAAGCUAAGCAUACCCUAUGUAUUUUUUAUUUACAUUCAACAUAGGCAAAGCUAGAAAAUUUAAAAAAAAAAUUAAAAUAUUGGCUUGAAGUAAAA